AGCUUAGAUAAAAAUGGGUCCGUUGGCAGACUGGGAGAAAAGAAUGGAUAUUCUUAAUGCAUUAGCUAGUCAUGGUCUGCAUCAUUUAUUAGAAGCCAUCUUUCACAAUCUUGAAUCAGCUGAUCUGCGUAGUAUCCGGCUUGUGAGCACAUGUUGGUUUGGUUUGGUUGAACAGCUGAUUCAUCAUGGUGAACUCAGCUACCUCAGCAGAAGGUGGGACGAUGGAGAACCUAAAGUAGGGGAGAUGCAGUGUAAAAAAGAGCGGAGUGUGUGCACUGUAACCUCUCUAGCAGUUGAUGAUACUAGUAUAGCUGCAGGACUAGGAAGCAGUGGCAAGAUCGAAGUUUGGAACAGAAGAAGUUUUGAUAAAAUAUUAGAGAUAGAAGGUCACAAAGAGGGAGUAUAUACUCUACAAUUCGGCAGGUUUAUACUAGUCAGUGGAGGGGAGGACGGUAAAGUUAGAGUUUGGAGUCGAUCCUCAGGAGAUCUUUUAGAUGUACUUGAUCAUCAUACAUAUAUAGUAUGGUCUGUAAAGCUUGAAGGAGAUCAACUGGUGACAGCUAGCUAUGAUUGCACAGUCUGCUUUUUAUCUAUUCAGGGAUCUGAAAACUCAUUCCAGAGCACAUUAAAGAAAAAGAUCCAAGGGCCGUGGGAGUGGGCUGAUGCCCUGUUUCUUGAAGAUCAUGGAUAUCUACUUGUUGUACACGAUGAAACUAACUUCUCAUUACAAGUUUGGGGUAUAGAAAACCAAGAAAAAAUCUCCAGAUUAGAAGGACAUACUGAUGAGGUCCAUGCUGUAGAAGUGAAGGGAGCUCUUCUAGUAUCUGGAGGAUCAGACAAAAGUGUACGGGUCUGGAACUGGAAAAGGAGUGUAUGCUUGUAUAUUCUAGAGGGGCAUGAAGGGAAAGUCUGGAGUAUAGGAAUACACAGGAUGCGGAUAGGAAGUGGGGGAAGGUUUGGUGAGGUAAAAGUCUGGAAUAUUCCGAAUCUGGAGGAGAUGAUUAAUCAGAAAUUUGAAAAUCCAGCUUCAGAUGAGGUAAUAGGAGAUGAAGAAGUAACCCAGUCUCCUACGCUCAUCAAGAAGAGCAGAACUCUACUGUGUCAUCCUAAAUCUACUUCUGUCUCUGUUCUUCAUAUUGACAGUUUCUGCUUGGUCACAGGAGAUGGUUUGGCUAAAAUUAUAAAUUGGGAUUUCUGGCAUCAACAGUCAAACUCAUCUUCAUGUAAAAAGUACAACACUCCAGUACCAGACCCCCUACUGAUGGAGAGACAUUUAAGAUAGCUCGUACACUGUCCGUAUUCAUACACUUUUACACUUAAAAGUUCAUCUAUAAAAUGGAUUCGACUUUUAUCAUGGUCGAUCAUCUGUCUUAUUUCUUCGUAAAUUUUCUUCAUUUUCAUUCAUUGAUAACAUUGCAUUUUAUAAGUCUGUAAUAAACAGUUUUUGACAGAU